AGCUGGUUAAUGCUAGUUAGCUAGCUACCAGUUUCGCUCUGAAAUAUCAUUUAAAGAUACUGUUUCUGAGCUCAAGUAGCGAGUAGGGCACGCAGAAUAAGUUCGAACAAAUUAGAAAUCGUUUUGGUGAAAGAUAAAUGAACUAACCUAGGUAUCUUAGCUAACCCUGUAUAAUUUUCGUAGCUAAUUUUGGGUAUCGUUCUUUUGACUCAACUGGUUAAACUUGCCAGAACAUAUUUCCCGAAAUGUCGUUUAAGAAUGGUAGACCCAAACCUACAUUUACUACCCUACUGCACCAGAUUUCCUUUGAGUGUCAUCAUACCAAAUGAUGACACGAAGCUAGGAUCCGACAAAUGAGGUAUGAAGUAACCUUAAAAGCCAAGUUUGAGCUUUUCUUUGAUAUGGAAGAAAGUUUGUUGUCCGAAAAUACCUCCAACCCAAUAUCAGCUUUACCCUUAUGGAUAAUUGAAUAUGCUUGGAGUAAAAGAAUGGUGGACGUUUUAGAAGUUUUAGGCCCCCCUCUGUGGUUUGAGGGGGACUUGGGCCUCCUGACUCUUCAGGAUCCAUGCAGCAUCCGUGCGGUGUCAGCUGAAGCCUGGAUGGUCAUACAGACCAGAGAUAUCAAACACUUUGAAAGACUGAUGGAGUUCCUGGAUGUCACUCAGAUUUUACUGCCUCACCUAGUGACCUCAAUUAAACACAUGAAGAUAAUGUUUGGCCUGAAGACUUUGGUUAUUAUGUGGAUGUUGUGGGGUGACCAGGAUGUGGCUAGCAUCAUUGACAAGAUUAUAAAAUUCUUUCCUGACAGCCUCCCGCAGUAUUACAGAAGUAGUCACAGACAUAUGGAGCUGAUGCAAAGGACUCACCAGGACUUUAGGAAUUUUGCUCAGUCUCUGGCCAGCAACCCAGACAUGCGCAAAGUCUAUAUUAGAGAUUUAAUGGAAGAGCAGUAUGGUGAGUGCUAUGCCCUAAAGUUGGAGGAGAGAUUAUUUCAUUAUCUUCAAGAAUUGGACAAAGCCCUUCCACAACCCACUUAUAUUGAGAAGGUUCUAAAGCAGCCAUGGGCACUGGGGGAGAAAGAGGAAUUACUGCAGCAAUUGCUUACCUGUAACACUGCAUCAAUACACACAUCUUUAAAGAGACUACUGAGAUGUGCCAUGACAGACUACUUCAGUAGUGCCAGAGUUGUGAGACCAGGCCUUGAGCCUUUCUCCAUAGCUUUUAGGCUAUCUCAAGAAAUGCCAGAAAAUGAGACUCUGUCAAAGGCAAACCUCCAGGGCACAUGGCUGGAUAGAUGCUCAUUGCUGCAGAAAAGCUCAGAGACCUAUUUAGAUGGACCGGUUAUAAGGUUGAGGCAGAAGCCAAGUCUGAGGGCGGAAAUAGACCAAACAAUGUAUCCAUGUGUGCCAGAAGAGGAGGCUCCUCAGGAGGUGGCCAAUGGACAGGCUUCACAACAGCAGGAAGCUGAGGAUGACUCAGCAGAGCACUUGUGCUCCAGACAUGGCAAAAGAAUGAAGAGCAUCCUUCUGGAAUGUUCUGAGGAGCUUCAGGCUCAGGAUAGGUACACUCCUGUUACACAGGCAGAAUGUACUCCUCUGGCGCCUCCCACACCUCUUCUCCAGUCCACGCCACACAGGCUGACACAGGCCUCUGCAUCUAUAUUCCCAGACUCGUCAUCUAAAAACAUAUCCUUUUCUUCACACCCAGACUCCCCCACCACAAAUCUCUCAGGGGCUGAAGCCAAUCAGGCCAGCCUUUCACAAGCAUCCUUACCAGACCUGGGUUCUUCCUCGGUGCAGCAAAAUACUUCUAGAACAUCCCCAGUCCCACAGCCCAAUGUGUCAUCAGCAUUGUCGUUUUCACCCUGUCAGGUCUCUCCAUCUUCAGCAAUUUCAAGCCCACAAAUCCCAGCUUCUGUACAGUCUUCAUCUUCAGCCUGCCCUUCAGUAAUUCCAGCGAAGCAGAUCACAGCCCAUCACAUCUCACCUUCAGCAACGUCUCAGUCCUCAGUCUAUCCUCAGUCUUCCUCCUCGACAUUUUCCUUCCAUCACAUCGGUUCACCACCAUCCUUAGGUCCUGAGCCCUGCUCAUCAUCGUCCUCUUUCUCAGGUUCAUUGGCAGCAGCCAGCGCAGAACAGGCACGAGGUGCAGUGCUUCAUUCUUCGGACAUGGCCAUUGUCUCGGAGCCGAGCCGAGUCUUGGUUGGGGAGCUGAAGCUGUCCUCUGAGACACAGGCCAUCCUCCUGUUGUGCAGAUGGUUGCAGCCACACGUGCGACUCUGUAGACUAAGCCAAGAGGAGUGCGCCUCAGUCUUGUUAGCAAGGACAGCCAUGGGCCAGGUGUCCAACCUGCGUGAGCUGGACAUAGAGGAGGAAGAAGGGGAGGAAAAUGUGUCGUUUGAUAUGAAUUUACUGUAUUCGGACUCUUACUCUGAAUCGGACACGCAUGACUCAGAUGAUCCGGAUUAUGUUCCAUCCAAGAGACUCAAGGCAUAGGUUGACUGCCAGAAAGAGACCUUGGUGCAUGACACGUGCAGUUAUGUAACAAGCUGAGAUCAGGUUAAAUAUUAACCACAAGUUUGUGGUUCUACCAGCUUUCCGUACUAUUCCACAGACAGUAGACUUAAGUUAUAGUUUAGAUUACAUUGCACAUUAAGUUGUAUGUCAUGUUCAAACAUUACAAUUUUAACAAGAUAAUAUGAAGGCAAGCUGACAAGGCAGUGCAGAUUUUAGGAUACUUUACUGAAAUUUUAUCUGGUUAACUCUUCGGAGGAAAGGGCUGAAACCCUGUUGUACCUGGCUCAUUUGUAUUGACUUCUUACUGACAUGGUUCUACCUUUUUUGCUAAGUCAUGGUUCAGCAUGUAUGUACUCUGGUAGCACCGUGUCAACAUUGUGAGCAAACUGCACGCAUCCUAUGCUGGAGCCUAUUUGCUGCCAGUUUAGUGAUGUGUACAUUUGUCUUUAGGUGACAGAAAGUCACCACAUAAUCCAUGUGUCAUGUUGUCAUUGUUCUAUUAGUGGCGUGCAUUAUGUGAAUAUCUUCAUGGCAGGAAGAGAAAUUAUGUGACCCAAUGAAACAUAGUAAAAGUUUAUAUUGAAUGUUACAGUUUCACAUCUUAACCAAUUUCAGAUUUGGUCAUUUGAUGUGUGAUGUUGACUUGUGGAUGUUAUUUUGUCAACCUUUAAUCAAGCCAGAAUAAACAAGGAAAGGGUUAGUGUGUUUGAAUGGGAGUGUGUAGGACAGAAUGGUAAAGGUUAUUUGGGUGUGUUGGAUCUCUAAAGCAGUGUUAUUUUGAUGUUCACUUAUCUGCUUUUAGAGCAAACUUUUAUUCUAAUGUAUUCUGAUGAAGGGCAUGAUGCAAUUCUCGUUAGGUGCUGCAUCAUUCAUAUAUAUUUACUCCCUAAUAUAGCUGUUUCUUUUAAUGAAAAUUUGAUGAGUAAUUAUUUGAUGAGUAUUAUUUUUAAACAAUGGUUAUAAUAAAUAGCACAUAUCCCAGAUUGGAAACAGCCUUUAAACACUCAGUAACUUUAAUAAAUUGAGUUCUCUCACCAUUCACUGCUUUUAUUUAUUUUUUAUCUUCAACUUCAAUUCCACUUUCAACCACUAUUCCCCUUAAUUGCAGAAAAUUCUGAUUUUAGCAAUCACAAUUGAAACACUUUCAUUCUGUGAUAGAAAUAAUAAAAUGCUUUAUUUGUA